CCCUCCCCGUCGCUCCCGUGAGAGCCGCCGACGGGAUGGAGCCGGAGUCGGUGAUUGAGGACAAGACCAUCGAGCUGAUGACAAGUGUGAAAAGGAAACCCCAUUCGAAUUUCCAUUCAUUCUGGAUUGGUGGAUCUGAAGCAGAGAAACAGAGUUUCAGUGUUCUGUGCCAAGGUCUUUGUGGCUAGGCUGCUCCAACCUGGUAGAGAGCAUGUGCGCACUGAGAUGCCUGCAGAGCAUGCCCAGUGUCAGAUGUCUCCAGAACACAUCAGUAAUGGAGGAUCAGAAUGAAGAUGAGUCUCCAAAGAAGAAUACACUGUGGCAGAUAAGCAAUGGAACUUCAUCUGUGAUAGUCUCAAGGAAGCGACCAUCUGAAGGAAACUACGAAAAGGAAAAGGACUUGUGUAUUAAAUACUUUGAUCAGUGGUCAGAAUCGGAUCAGGUCGAAUUUGUGGAACACCUUAUUUCACGAAUGUGUCACUAUCAGCAUGGACAUAUUAAUUCUUACUUAAAGCCUAUGUUGCAAAGGGAUUUUAUCACUGCUUUACCAGAACAAGGCUUAGAUCAUAUAGCAGAAAAUAUCCUCUCCUACCUUGAUGCCAGGUCACUCUGUGCAGCAGAGCUGGUUUGUAAGGAAUGGCAGCGAGUUAUUUCUGAAGGAAUGCUAUGGAAGAAGCUUAUUGAGAGAAUGGUACGAACUGAUCCACUCUGGAAGGGUCUGUCAGAACGAAGGGGCUGGGAUCAGUACCUGUUUAAAAACAGACCCACGGAUGGUCCUCCUAACUCCUUUUACAGAUCUCUGUACCCAAAGAUAAUACAAGAUAUAGAGACUAUAGAAUCUAACUGGCGAUGUGGAAGGCACAACUUGCAAAGAAUUCAGUGUCGCUCUGAAAAUAGUAAAGGUGUGUACUGUUUACAGUAUGAUGAUGAGAAGAUUAUCAGUGGCCUAAGGGACAACUCCAUUAAGAUUUGGGAUAAAAAUGGAUUAGACUGUUUGAAAAUACUAACAGGACAUACCGGCUCCGUUCUUUGUCUGCAGUAUGACGAAAGAGUCAUUGUAACUGGAUCAUCAGACUCCACUGUGAGAGUUUGGGAUGUGAACACAGGUGAAGUCCUGAACACACUGAUUCAUCACAAUGAAGCAGUACUUCACUUGCGUUUCAGUAAUGGCUUGAUGGUAACCUGCUCCAAGGACAGAUCCAUUGCUGUCUGGGAUAUGGCUUCACCAACUGACAUUACUCUGCGCCGUGUAUUAGUUGGUCAUCGAGCUGCUGUGAAUGUUGUUGACUUUGAUGACAAGUAUAUUGUGUCUGCUUCUGGUGAUAGGACUAUUAAAGUCUGGAGCACAAGCACAUGUGAAUUUGUUCGCACUCUCAAUGGGCACAAGCGGGGUAUUGCCUGCCUCCAGUACAGGGAUCGACUCGUUGUCAGUGGAUCUUCGGACAAUACCAUUAGGCUUUGGGAUAUUGAAUGUGGAGCCUGUUUAAGAGUGCUAGAAGGACACGAAGAACUUGUUAGAUGCAUCAGAUUUGAUAACAAGAGGAUUGUAAGCGGAGCCUAUGAUGGCAAAAUCAAAGUUUGGGACUUGCAAGCAGCUCUUGAUCCUCGUGCCCCAGCAAGUACACUGUGCUUACGUACAUUAGUGGAACACUCAGGACGUGUGUUUAGACUCCAGUUUGAUGAAUUUCAGAUUAUUAGUAGUUCCCAUGAUGAUACUAUUUUGAUUUGGGAUUUUUUAAAUGUGCCUCCCAAUGCACAAAAUGAGACACGAUCUCCUUCCAGAACGUACACUUACAUCUCCAGAUAACAGUCUGCAAUUUGCUGCUCUCCAAGAUUCCAGAGUCUUUGAACUACUGGACAUUUGGCUAUUACACAUGUGAAGACAUGGACCACAGCUAAAGUCAGAAGUGGUUCUAGGUGCUGUGUAGAUGCAAUGCAGCACAGUUCUGUAUCUAAACAUAACCCUUUCCAGUCCUCCUUCAUUCAGUGGUCUCUACGGAAUUGACUAAGAAUUCACUGAGUCCUGAUAGAACAAAUUCAAUCUAUCCUUCACUCCGUGCAAGAUCCAAAGCUUCUUGAGUAGAUUGCCCAUAUACACUGAACUGAUGACUUGUUUUUCCAGGAGUAAUUCAGAUGUCAAGGAAGGACUUGGCUUAUUUAUAUUUCCUUUGCACUUUUAUCUGACUCUGAAGAAGAAACACAUUCUCAGUGAAAUGUGGGUGCCAAACACAUGCACAGAAUGUACAGGGCUUUGCUUUCAAAGUCGUUGUCAUCCUCCUCCUGCAAACUUUUUGUUUCAUGACUGAUGUGGAUCCUGUCCGGCUUGUUCGGAGUAUCAGAUGGACUGAUAGAAAUAUUUCUGAAUGGUUCAGUAAUGUUUUGGAUGAUCGUUUACUUAUUUCUACACCAGUAAUUUGGUUUAAUUUAAAGAUUGUAAAUUGAGAUAGAUGAUCUAAAGUAGGUGUACAGCACUGUCUUUUCUUUUAAUUGUAUUCUGUACUACAGCCGUCCUCCUUCUAAUAUUUGGUAUAGUUGGAUCCUUCAUGUGUGCUUGCCUCAUUACUUCCACUACCGUAAUUGUAUAAGCAUGUAGAUAUAAUGUAUAUAAACAUUGUAACCUCCAAGUGCUGGGAGUCAGGGUCUCCUGAUACUGUAUACAGAUGCCAAGGCAGAAGCUUCUAAGCGUCCAGGCAUUCUUUCUACUUUGGCAUCAUAUGGGGUUGGGAUGUAUUACUUUCAAAUAUUUCUCUGAGGAAGGGAGGAUUGUGGAGUUCAUUAGGAUAUUUCCUUUAAAAAAUACUGGGAUAAUAUACAGUAUCUUAAUAUCGUAAGUUCUAAGACAUUUUGGAAAAAAGUGGAAGUUAAAAUUUGUUCCUCCUCUGCAUUAUCUGCAAGCCGUCUGAAGUCACUGGCCAGAGUUUGUAGAUAGAGUACUGUGGUUUUAAAUCCAUUCAGUAGUCUUUGAUUGCCAUGCUUAUAAGCUGAACUGAAAAUGGCUGUCUCAUUUUGCCCUUGUAGGAGAUGAUUGAUAUUCGUUCCCAGCUAUUGUGAGAAUCUUAGCAAUCAAUGGCGCACGUUAUUGGAUUUUUUUCUCAUUAUUGGUAUGACUAGUGAGGGCAGCUAGUCAUGCAGUCCCUAUAUACAAGAAAACGCUCUAGAAAUACUGUCUCUGCAUCUUUUUAAGUUAUUGCUCAGCAACAUCAUUAGUAGCUUAUUCUAACACUUAUUUUAAAAUUAUUGACUAAUAAAUAUAUAAUACUGAUUGGGCUAGAAGCUGUAGUUGGCAUGGAUAUGGACACUGUCAUUCCUUAGUCAUGGUUUAGUUUUUUUUUCUUUUGCCACUCCUGAUUUCUCUUUUUCUCCCCCCACUUUUUUAAUUAUUAUUUUUGGUUGAGGGGUCAAGGAAUGUUGAUAAACGAUUUAAAUGACCAAUGAAUGAAUAUUGCUUUUUUUAGUGGAACAGCUAUGGCUGGAUAUGACACUCACACUUCUACCAGCUUGUCAGUCAAAUAAAAUAAUGAAAGCACACAUCCAAUGUGAAAAAGGCGCAGUUUGAGCUCCUUCUGGGUAUUCUACUCUUUGCCUUCAUUUGAGUGACAUUAGUUCUUCUGAGCUCAUAAGCUCCUCUUCUGAACACUGCAAAAGAGACUUCCUAAGUGGAUAUGAUCAAAUCUCACAAAAUCCAUAAGAGGACACAUUCCCAUGUUCUCAGCUGUUACAGUAGCUGACAGUUAUGGAAGUGGUUUUGCCACACACACCCCUUCCCCGUGUCAUGAAAUUGCUGUAAUAUGAAAAAAAAAAUCGCUAUUGCAGCUCUGAAGACAAAGGUAUUUAUGGAGAACGAUCCUUUUUUAAAAAAUGCAUGUGUAAGAUGAAAUUAAUGUGGUUUUUUUUCCCAUGGGAAAUAAUGGUAAUUGAAGAUGCAGCCUAAACUACUUUUGAUUGUGCUUGGUGUAACAUAGCUGUGGAUUUUGUGACUGGCACCCAAGGAACUUGUUUCCUGGGAUUAAUGAUAGUACUGGCUGUACUCUGGACUUUGUUUCGCUAAUCAGUACUGAGCAGCUGUAUGUUACUGCUAGAUUAAUGUUUCAAAGCACUGGGAUAGUCUUAUUCUAACUUGUAAUUAUGUUUGCCAGUUACCUGUUUGGAAAGUUUGUGUAUGAACAGCUUAUUGGACAACAGUUGAACUGUACAGAUAUUGUUCCUGAUAUAAGGCUUUGUACUGUGGAAUGUGCUUAAUAAAAAAACUUCUAAACUACUUCUGUCAGUUAA